AUAAGAAUAGUAAUUAAUCUAAUAAUGUGCAACUAACAAUUCCAAUUGAAUAACACAACCAUCACAUAACUAAAAAACAAAAAAUGCAUCAAAUAAUUUGACAAAAUAUGCUUUAACAUAGAAGACAAACAAUAAUAAAAUGAGUUUAGUAGUACUUGAAUUUUGUUUUAUACUAUAUCUUGAAAAUAUAUUUGGCAAUAUUAUGUAAUAUAUCCACCAAAUUAUUCCAGUACAAUCAAAUUAGAUACGCGUUGGUGAAUCACGUGGGCCCCACCUUCCUAUAAGUUUGACCUUCUUUCUUGACUCUUUUACACGGAUUGAAAGCUGUAAUCUUUCCGGGUUGAUUGUAUCUGGGUAUUUGAGAUUUUUGGUAAUUGUUAUGAAUUUUGUUGAUUAAUUGUUGGUUUGAUAGUAUUCUGGGCAUUCCUUGAUUUGGGUUGUUCUAAUAUUCAUCAUAUUUCUGGGUUUUAUUUAUUGCAAUUUGAUCGGGUGAAGAGUUUGAGUUUUUAUUGUUUGGGCAUUUGGAUUUGUUAAUUUUAUGGUAGGAGUAGCCGAGUAGUUUCUUUGAUACCUAAGAGUAUGAGCAAUUGGGUAGAAGUGAUUUUGGAGAAUUAGGAAACUGAUGGCCAGGUGUGGAAAUGGGUAUCUUUGAGUGUAGGACAAGGGAAAGUUCGCCGAAAAGACGAAAGAUUUGCAAGAAUUCAAUGAAAACGGAAAUUGAUACAUCUUCUAGGGUGCUUGGUUCGAAAGGUCUGAUAAGGAAGCAUGAGUUUGUGAGGAUUAUUAUUCAGUGUUUGCUGUCAUUGGGGUUUGCCAAGUCUGCUUCUUGUUUAGAGUCGGAAUCUGGUAUUUCGUGUAAAUCGAAAGAGUUUGAAGUUAUAGAGUCGGAGAUUUUGAAUUCUAAGUGGGAUGAAUGUAUAAAGUUUCUUAAUGGGAUUAAGGAAUUGAGUGAUGAGACGCGAUCUUCUGCCUUGUUUCUUGUAAUUAGACAGUAUAUCAUGGAAUGUUUAAGUCAUGGGGAUGACUCAACAGCAUUGGCUUUUCUACAAAAACGAGUUUCUGCCUUAAAAUUGGGCACAGAAAAGGUUCAUAACCUUGCUCUUGAUAUGCUUAUUUAUAAAGACACAAGUUUCAUUGAGACGAAUGGUGAUGUUUAUGAGUUGCGGAAAAAAUUAUUGGUUGAGUUGGAGAAUUUGUUACCCCCUCCAAUUACACUGCCUGAAAAAAGAUUGGAGCAUCUGGUUGAAACUACUGUUUCUUCCCAGAUAGACUCUUGCUUGUACCACAAUGUCUCAGGUGCAGUUUCCAUCUACGAGGACCAUUGCUGUGGUAGAGAUCAAAUACCAAACGAGACUCUCCAGAUUCUUACCGCCCACGAGAAUGAAGUAUGGUUUGUGCAAUUUUCUUAUAGUGGGGAGUACUUGGCUUCAUCAUCUAGGGACUGUACUGCUAUUAUAUGGAAGGUGGUUGAUGAUGGUAAAUUCACAGUAAAACAUGCAUUGCAGAGCCACCAAAAGGCAAUAUCUUUUGUAGCAUGGAGCCCAGAUGACACUAUGUUACUUACAUGUGGCAAUGUAGAAGUUGUUAAGCUAUGGGAUGUAGAAACUGGUGUGUGUAAGCGCACAUUUGGCGAUCAUGGUUUCAUAGUAAGCUCAUGUGCAUGGUUUCCUGACUCGAAAAAGCUUGUGUGCGGAAGUUCUGAUCCUGAAAAGGGAAUCUGCAUGUGGGACUGUGAGGGGAAUGAGUUAAGGGCAUGGCGAGGAGCGAGGAUGCCCAAGGUGCUAGAUCUUGCAGUAACCUCAGAUGGAAACCAUCUCAUCACUGUUUUCUCGGACAAGGAUAUUCGGGUACUGAAUGUGGUAACAAAUGCUGAGCAUGUGAUAUCAGAAGAGCAUCCAAUUACAUCACUUUCAGUUUCAGCAGAUGGCAAGUUUUUCAUUGUUAACCUUAAUAGUCAAGAGAUCCAUUUAUGGGAUGUAGAAGGAAAAUGGAGGAAACCAUUGAAAUACACAGGUCACAAGCAAAACCAGUAUGUGAUAAGGUCCUGUUUUGGUGGUUUCAACAGUUCAUUUAUUGCCAGUGGUAGUGAGAAUUCCGAGGUCUACAUAUGGAAUCGCCGGGAGCCUGAACCAAUUGCAAUUUUAUCUGGGCAUUUAAUGACUGUAAACAGUGUAAGCUGGAACCCUAAAAAUCCUCAUAUGUUGGCUUCGGCAAGUGAUGAUCACACCGUUCGUGUAUGGGGACCUGCCAAAUCUAAAGCAGACAAAGCUUUGGUAAAUGAAAGUUUUUGAAUAAGAGAUCCUGCAGCGGCAUCCCUGCCCAAUGUAUAUAACCACAUGGUAGUUUUUACUUUCUUUCAAUCGGAUAUUAUUUCUAUUCAUUUGUGUACGUAGGAAUUACCCUCAAUUUUGCUGUUACUGUUUUGUAUAUAUAUUAUUACAAGUCUUCCAUCAGGGUUCCUGUUACACCCUAGCAGUUUUUGAAGGGAAUGACAGUUAGAGACGAUUCAGAUUUGCUCGAGUCCUAUUUGGUUUUCUAUUGAUAAUAUGAAGAUAUUGUUUAGACGUUUAUGAAUUUUUGAGUUUGUCUUCAAUGUGUGUGCACAAGCUAAUUCAAGCUGUAUACCCUACUCUUGCUUCUGUA